CCCGUCCACGCUGGGGUGAUGGCGAGGUCGGGACCUCGGGGGGCUCAGGUGCUGUCUUCGGGCAGACUGGCCGGGCCCGUGCGGCUCACACGUGGGCAGAAAGGGCCACGGCCGAGGAAGGCGUCACGUUUGGAGCCCGGUUCUGCGGAUCGGGUGGGCCUCACCCAGGGCGGGCUGGGCCGCUGCGCUUCUCUGCUACAGGACAUGAUGCGCGUCGAGGAUGCCUCUUCCGUGUGUGCAGGGGCCGGCCGAGUGGGUUCCGGCGGGCCGUGGCCCAGACCACCAGUUGCGGCUGCAGCAACCGGGGGCAGGGGCAGGAGCGCCAGCCGAAAGGGCCCCAAGAAGAGCGUCCUGGCCACCGGGCUCUGCCAGGAACUCCCUACAGCACCCGCAGGGACCAGGAGAAUGACCCCUGGGGACCAAGCGGGCACUGCGUCAGGCCCUGGGCCCUGCCUGCCGGUCUGUGUCCCUCCGGCAUCACGGUCUCCAGAGAUGGGCCCGGCCCUCUGUGAGCACGUGCAGACGCAGAUGGCCUGGGUUAAUGCCCAGGGCCCCCCCAGCAAAGCCGGGGGGACCGUCGAGACCUGGGUCCCCUCCUCCUCGGAAGCCGGCCCCACUUCCAUGUACUCCCCCUCUGGCCCCGGCUUCGUGACCGCCAAGGCGCAUCCUCCCACUCUGGCUCCAGUGCUUGAUUUAGGGAGGCCACCUGGUGCCCAGACUGGGUGCUGCCGCCCAGAGGCUUCUCCUACCCCGGGGCCCACUGAACCUGAAGGCCCAGGCUGCCGCUGCCCCCUGGAGCCCCGGGGCGGGCCAGGCCCCCCGCCACUGGCCCCCCCGCCGGUCACCACCCCUCGGCCCACCAGGGAAUCAGCCUUGCUGCGCUGCCUCGAGGCCCACCUUGCACUCUGGCGGCAGACCCCCUGCGGUCCCACCCCCGGGCUGGAGGACAAGGAGGCCGCCCGGGACCCAGUGGACAUCGCACCCGUGAGGGAGGCCGCCUGCUGCGAGGCGGUGGGGGACGGGGGCUCGGGCCAGGGAGCCCAGAGGCUGCACACCGCCAAGUACCUGCUGGGAGAGAUCCAGGCCCUACUGCCCCAUAAAGGGGGUCCCGAGCUCCAGCGCUUGGUCACUGAAAUGGCGGCGUGCCUCGCCUCACUCCUGGCAGCUGCCGACGCCGCCCCUGCCCAGCCGGACAUCGCCCCGGCCCUGCCUGCCCUACGCCUGGACAACACCCAGCACCAAAAGCCACAGGACAUUUCGAACCGUCAGCCGGGAGAGAAAGCGUGGAGCGGCCUGGACUGGACCUGCCCUCUACACAGCUGUGAACUUGUGUUGCUGCGGUCUCUGAACCAGACGCUGCAGACUCAGCUGGCCGGUGCCCUGAGGGACGUGGAGGCCCUGCGGGCUGAGAAUGGGCAGCUGCUGGAGACCCUCCACGAGAAAGAACAGGAGGCACUCGCUGGCAGGCAGCGCUGGGACGCCGAGGCUGCCAAGGCUCAGAGCGAGCUGGAUGCUGCACUGGCUCAGGUGAGACGCUCCCAGCUGCAGCUCGACGCAGCCGAGAAGGAGAAUCGCAUCUUAGGCGUCACGCUCCGCCAGCGAGACUGCGAGGUGACCCGGCAGAGGGAGCUGACCAGGACGGUGCAGUCCAGCAUGGCCAAGCUGCUCUCAGAGCUGAGCAUGGACAGCCGCUGCCCUGAGGCUAAGGCCGAGCCCCGCCUGACCCGGGCCCUCCUGGAGGUCCACACCCAGCAGUCGCCCCCAGACCCUUCCCCGGCCUGCGCGUCCGUCAUGAGCUUCCUGCGGCAACUGGACGCAGCUGGGCCUGCCUCUUCCCGGGCCGGGUGGCAUUCUGAAGUGGCCGGGGACCUUGGCGACCCAGCACAUGGACUAGACGAGACCAUGUACCUUUCCCUGCCGCGGGAAGGCCCGGGGUCUGGCGGAGGAGCGCGCCCGGUCCCACCAGACAGCGCAGGGCUGGACAACUCCCGGGGCACGGCCUCUUCCAGGAAGCCGGACGCCCCAUGGACGGGGCCAGAUGCCACGCCCGCCUCUGAGUGGGUCCGGGCCGCCACUGGGGCAGACGCACAGCUUCUGCUCAGUAUGAAGGAGGCAAUCGCCCAUGUCCCCAGCCCGGGGGAGCGGCCCCCAGGGCCCAAGGGGGCAGGACCGCCGCGGGCCCCCGGGCUCUGUGAGCGAGCCCCAGCCUCGGCCCCCGGCGGCCCGGAUCCCAACUUCCCGACGGGGCGGUCCGAGUGGAGCGUCUCAUCUUUCUCCACCUUCAUGUCGCUCGAUGAGCAGGACUUCCGGGCCGGCCUGGCAGCGCUGGAUGCCAACAUCGCAAGGCUGCAGCUGGCCCUACGGACUGGCCUGGCAAGGAGAUGACCCCGGUCUCUGUGGGGUCUCUGUGCAGGAAAGGGGAUGGGGGGAGCGGGAGGGCUAGGAUCGGGGUGUCAUUGAAUUACGAGUGGGUUGGAGUGAUCAGUGGAAUAAACGAGAUUCAUUACUGCCUGAACCAAGGGGCUGCUGUGGAUAGUCAAGCCUGGGGCUCCCCAUUUGUUCAUUCAGGAGGCAUU